UCACUGUCAACUUUGGGUUUAGUUGAACAAGUUGCAGUGCAUCGUCCUCGUCCUCCACACAGAGGACAAAAUGAAGAAGCAGUAUUCUUUGGAGAAAAACCGUAAUCGAAGAGUCUCUUUUACAGAAAAUGUUGACCAAUGGAGAACUGGAUCUGAAGCCACCAGUCCAGAACAUAUUGCUUCGGGAUACAGCGAAAGACUCCAUCCUUCCCCGUUUAGAAAAUACAAGCAGAGCCUUCAGACCCUCAAACCCAUCCGCUGGUCCUCAUCGGAGUCCCAUCCUCUGGACAAUGCAGGUUUCCUGUCCUUUACAACGUUUGCCUGGAUGACCCCCAUGAUGUGGGGCAUGUUCAGGAAUAAGAUCGAUGUAACAUCUCUCAACCUGUCUCCUUUCGACGUUGCUGACACCAGCGGAGAAAGACUUCAGAGACUCUGGGAGGAAGAAGUAGCAAAGGUUGGCCUGGAGAAAGCGUCUUUGGUUCGAGUGUUCCUUCGCUUUCAAAGAACCAGGCUGAUUCUAUCUGCAAUUGCUGGUGUCUUUGCAAUGGUGAUGGCGUUUCUGGGUCCGGCUGUUGUGGUCUAUGAGAUUCUGAACUACGUUGAUAAUCCAGAGAAUUACAAAGUGUAUCACGGUGUGGGUCUGUCCUUUGCCAUGUUCACCACAGAGUUCCUCAAAGCCUACCUAAUAUCCACGAUGUGGGCCGUGAACCUGCGCACAGCGGUCCGACUGAAAGGUGCCUUCUCUGCAGUGGCCUACAAGAAAGUCAUCUCUCUGCGGGUGCACAGCGGCAUUUCAAUGGGAGAGAUGAUAAAUGUCUUGACAAAUGACGGCCACAGGGUCUUUGAGGCAAUAUUGUUUUUGAGCUUCAUACUGUCCACUCCAGUGCUCUUUAUUGUCUGUGUGGUCUACGCCUGCCACAUUCUGGGCUACACUGCGCUGACUGGAGUCUGCGCCUACCUCAUCUUCAUCCCCAUACAGUUUAUCCUGGCCAAGCUCAUUAACAUAUUCAGGUGGAAAGCCAUUGUAAUCACGGACAGCCGAGUUCGCACAAUGAAUGAGAUUCUCAACAGUAUCAAACUAAUCAAGAUGUACGCCUGGGAGGAAUCCUUUGAGAAGACGAUUGCAGAAUUAAGGAAACAUGAGAAGAAACACCUGCAGAAGGCCGGUUACGUCCAGAAUGCCAAUACCAGCAUCACCAGCAUCAUCCCCACCUUCGCCACUAUUCUCACCUUCACAGUACACACUUUGUUGGGCUUAAAGCUCAACACAUCUGAUGCCUUCACCACCAUCGCCAUCUUCAAUUCAAUGAGGUUCUGCCUGGCUCUGAUGCCCUUGUGUGUGAAGUCCUUGGCCGAGGCUGCCGUGUCAAUAUCUCGACUGAGGAAAAUAUUGCUGAUCCAGAAUCCAGAACCCUAUCUGGUGCAGAGGAAAGACAGUGAUUUAGCUAUGGUGAUGAAAAACGCCACAUUUUCCUGGACCAAACCAGACAGCAAGCCAGAUCCCUCGCCCAGUACAGCCAAUGGGGUGAAGGGAAACAAGGUGGAUACAGCGUCCCAGGAUGAGAAGACUGAAGCCUUGCCAACCCUGAGAAACAUCUCCUUUACAUUGCCUAAGGGAAACUUGCUUGGCGUCUGUGGGAACGUGGGGAGUGGGAAGACGUCACUGAUUUCUAGCAUUUUGGAACAGAUGCACCUUCUACAGGGUUCCCUCGUAGCUGAUGGGACAUUUGCCUACGUUUCCCAACAGGCCUGGAUAUUCCAUGGAACAGUUCAGGAAAAUAUUCUGAUGGGGGAACCUUUUGACCAGGCCAAAUACGACAGAGUUGUCGAUGCCUGUAGCCUCAGAGCAGACCUGAAAAUCCUCCCAUAUGGUGAUCAAACUGAGAUAGGAGAGCGAGGUCUGAAUCUGUCAGGGGGGCAGAAGCAGAGGAUCAGCCUGGCCAGAGCUGUCUACUCCAAUAAAGACAUCUUCCUCCUUGAUGAUCCGCUAUCUGCUGUCGAUGCCCAUGUGGGGAAACACAUCUUUGAAGAAUGUAUUAAGAAGGAGCUGCAGGGGAAAUCCAUAAUACUAGUUACACACCAGCUCCAGUAUCUGGAGUUCUGUGAUGACAUUUUGGUUCUGGAGGAUGGGGAGAUCCAGGAGGCAGGAAACCACCAGACCCUGAUGACAGCGAACAGACGCUACGCUCAGCUCAUCAACAACUACCAGAUGGAGCAGUCCAAAACUCAAAGAGAGGAAGAAGAGACGUCACCGCAAGAUCCUGCCCAGCUGAAGGAGGUUGAGCUAAGAGACCGUGCAGACAGUGGCAUUGUGAACCCAGCAUUUGACAUGUCAGAUGAAAAGGACGAUGGAGAGGCGGCCAACCAAAAACCUGUUGGGGCAGGCAACCAGCUGGUCAGUCAAGAGUCCUCCUCAGAAGGCGCAGUGUCCUGGAGAAUCUACCAUCAGUACUGCCAGGCAGCCGGAGGUUACUUCAUCACUUUCCUCACAAUCCUGAACGUCGUGCUGAUGAUCGGAUCCACUGCCUUCAGCAACUGGUGGCUCAGCUACUGGUUAGGGCAAGGUGAUGGGUCAGCCAACAGGACGACGACAGACAUGGGAGAUGUCUCACAAAACCCAGACUUGCACUUCUACCAAAUGAUUUAUGGAGUGAUGGUGAUUGUCAUGUUGGCACUUGCCACCAUCAAAUGCUUCUUCUACACUCACGUCACCUUGAACGCCUCCUGCAAAUUCCAUGACAAUAUGUUUAGGAAGAUUAUCACCAGUCCCAUGAGUUUCUUUGACACGACCCCAACAGGCCGCAUCCUCAACCGCUUCGCCAAAGAUCAAGAGGAAGUCGACAGUGUGCUUCCCCUAAAUAUGGACCCUUUUUUGCAGUUUUCUCUUAUGGUCGCCUUCACCAUUAUCAUCAUCUCAUCUGUCUUUCCCCCCAUGCUGGUAGCUGUGGUUGUUAUCGGAGCUUUGUUCACCCUCAUUCUAUUUAUCUUCCAGAGGAGUGUUCGUGAGAUGAAGAGAAUGGAGAACAUCAGUCGCUCUCCCUGCAUCUCCCUCACCGCCUCUACCCUGCAAGGUCUCAGCACUAUCCACGCCUACAACGUUAGAGACAGCCACAUAAAACUGUUCAAGUCCUUGAAUGACAUCAACUCCAACCACUUUUUACUGUUUCACUCUGGGACUCGUUGGCUCUCCUUCUGGCUUGACUUCAUGGCUUCAACCAUGACCUUGAUGGUGUCUCUCUUUGUGGUGCUUAGCAGUAACGACGUCAUCAGUCCGGCCUUGAAAGGCUUGGCCAUGUCCUACACCAUACAGUUGACAGGCAUGCUUCAGUACGUAGUGAGGCAGGCGACGGAGGUGGAGGCGAGGUUCAGCUCAGUGGAGCGGCUGCUAGAAUACAUCACGGAUUGUAAGUCUGAGGGACCCAGACACAUAAAGGAAGCUCAAGUCCCAGAGGACUGGCCAAAGAGCGGAGCCAUCACCUUCCGGGACUACAAGAUGAAGUACAGAGAGGAAACACCCAUUGUCCUGAAUGGGCUACAAUUCGCAAUCCGAGCUGGAGAGAAGCUGGGCAUUGUGGGAAGGACAGGCUCUGGGAAGUCCUCUUUAGGGGUGGCUCUGUUCAGGCUGGUUGAGCCAGCAGCAGGAACCAUCCUGAUAGACGGAGUGGACAUCACAGCCAUUGGUCUCCAGGAUCUGCGCAGUAAACUGUCCAUCAUCCCCCAGGACCCCGUGCUAUUUAUUGGCACAGUCAGGUACAACCUAGACCCCUUUGAUAACUAUAGUGACGAGGAGAUCUGGGCAGCGCUGGAGAAGACCUACAUGAAGGACUCAAUCACCAAACUGGAGGGGAAGCUACAGGCAGAGGUGUUUGAGAAUGGAGAGAACUUCUCUGUCGGAGAGAGACAGUUGAUGUGUAUGGCUAGAGCACUACUCCGCAACUCCAAGAUCAUUUUGUUGGAUGAGGCAACAGCGUCCAUCGAUGCAGAGACAGACGCCCUGAUCCAGAACACCAUCAAAGAGUCCUUUCAAGACUGCACCAUGCUCACCAUCGCCCACCGCAUCAACACCGUGCUGCACGCGGAUCGUAUUCUGGUCAUGGACAACGGAGAGGUGGCAGAAUUAGACGAUCCAGAAGUGCUGACUCAAAGACCAGACUCUCUGUUCUCUUCACUCCUGACUGCUGCAAACACCAUGGGUACUGCUACAGAGUAAUCACUGGAAUAUAUUGACACUUAUUCAUUUACACAACCACGUUAUAAUCUGGACUUGUGUCAUCACACAGCAAAGAUGGCAGUUGAUAUAGCUGCAAAAGAGUGCUGAUGCGAUUUAGUUUUUUCACUUUUGAAACUAUGUGUAAAUAGUACUAUAUUUAUCUCUCCUGCCUGCUGAAACACAUACAUGGACAGUGUUCUUUUAUGAGUUUUUCUUAGGAGUGGAUAGGAUGUAUGAUGUAUAUUUAAAAUACAUUUUUAUUAUUUAUUGAUUUUUCUAUUCUUUUGUUUGAUGCCAGUUUGCUGACCAAACACAUGGAGUUAAAAUCUAAUGAGUUAAAAAUAACUUACAUUCAUUCAUGUUAAAAAACUGUAUACAGCAAAUAUUUACCUCAUGUCACAUUAUCUGCCUACGGUUACACAGACAAGAUAUGGCUGCUAAUACAAACAGUGGUAAUAAAUCUUAUGAUUUGUAAGCUUCUGUUACUGUGUGCUGUAUUUUAACUGUGCAAUCUACUGUAUCACACUUUUUUCUUCCAUUCAGUAGUUUGCACCGGAAAGUGUCUCAAAUAAAUUCUUUAGCAUUAACAGUUACCAGUUGACCUCCGUGAAAACAUUAGGAAAUAAAUCCAGGCAGUGCCUUAUGAGAAAGAGGGACUUCUUCAGUGAAAUCCUAUCAAGGCAUGACUUUCCUUUCAGCUGUGGUUAUUGUGUUUCAGUGGUGAGGUCUCGUCCCCAGUGUGCUCUCUCAAUCCCUCUUUUAUCUCUCUGCUCCCCAUCCUCCACCUUCCAGUCAUGAUAAAGACGAUGGGGAUACAGAAUAUACAUAUUAAGAUAUAUAAUCUUUACACAUAAAGAUAUAAAGGGAUGACUCACUUUAAAAAAGCAUGUUAAGAGCUAAUCUAACGGAGCACGGCAUGCUUAAAUUUCUCCCCCAUUGCAUAGAAAUCUAACUGACGAAGAAAAAGAAGAUGGAAAAUAAUCUUCUACAUACUGCACUGUGUAUUAUUUAACAAAUUAUAACACUGUUGCAAACAUACUUAAUGUUUAUCUGAACUGGUGCAAACACACAAGAAUAAUCUAUGUGGGCCCUUUGAGGGCUGUGUGUAUCACCAAUUAAUCAAUAGAAAUUAAGCAGAUGGAUUUUAAA